CCCCACAACGGGUUCUGCCGAGAGCCUUCAUCAGAGCAUGAACCACCACCUGCUGCAGAUGUCGAACAAAUGAACUCACCUUCUCUGCUUCCGCUCACCCCCGGUAAUGACCGGGCGGACCAGCGCACCUGCCUGAUCUGCGGCGACCGAGCGACCGGCCUGCACUACGGCAUCAUCUCGUGCGAGGGCUGCAAGGGCUUCUUCAAGCGGAGCAUCUGCAACAAGCGGGUCUACCGAUGCAGCCGCGACCGGAACUGCGUCAUGUCCCGCAAGCAGCGGAACAGGUGCCAGUACUGCCGGCUGCUGAAGUGCCUCCAGAUGGGGAUGAACCGGAAAGCAAUCCGCGAAGAUGGCAUGCCUGGGGGCAGGAACAAGAGCAUUGGGCCUGUCCAGAUCUCCGAGGAAGAGAUUGAGCGGAUCAUGUCCGGGCAGGAGUUCGAGGGGGAGGCCAACAUCUCCUGGAGCAACAACGGGGACAGCGACAACAGCUCCCCCAGCAACGGGGUUUCGGAGAGCAACCAGCCCUCCCCAGUCUCAACCCCCUCCUCAAGGUCUGUGGAACUGAACGGGUUCACUGCACUCAGGGACCAGUAUGUGGGCACGCCGGUGUCUGCCCCUUGCCCGUACCUCCCGCACCUUCUGGGCUGCCCUGCUCACUCGGCCCUGCUGCCCCCGCAGCCCCGAGGCCUCGACCCCCAGGCCCACAGCCUCCUCAUCAGCCAGCUGGUGUCUGCGGAGGACUUGGACCCCCUCGGCACCCCCAUGCUGAUCGAAGACGGGUACAAAGUGACACAGGCCGAGCUCUUUGCGCUACUCUGCCGGCUGGCGGACGAGCUGCUCUUCCGGCAGAUCAGCUGGAUCAAGAAGCUGCCGUUCUUUUGUGACCUGUCCGUCCAGGACUACACCUGCCUCCUGAGCUCCACCUGGCAGGAGCUGAUCCUGCUCUCCUCCCUCACCGUGUACAGCAAGCAGAUCUUUGGCGACCUGGCGGAUGUGACCUCCAAGUACUCCCCCUCGGACGACGAGCUCCACAGGUUCAGCGAGGAGGGGAUGGAGGUGAUGGAGCGGCUCAUCUACCUGUACCGCAAGUUCAGCCAGCUGAAGGUCAGCAACGAGGAAUACGCCUGCAUGAAAGCCAUCAACUUCCUCAACCAAGACAUCCGGGGCCUGGCCAACGCCCCGCAGCUGGAGCAGCUGAACAAGCGCUGCUGGUACGUGUGCCAGGACUUCAUGGAGCUCAAGUACCCGCAUCAGCCCAGCCGGUUUCCCGACCUGAUGAUGUGUCUGCCCGAGAUCCGAUACAUUGCAGGAAAAAUGGUGACCGUGCCGCUGGAGCAGCUGCCGCUCCUGUUCAAGGCGGUCUUGCAUUCCUGCAAGGCCGGCGCAGGCAAAGCGUGAGCAGGCGCGAGCGACACGCCGCCCUCGGUGCCUCCAGCGGAGGAAGGAGGAAGAGGAGGAGGGUCUGCGGCGGACGGGGCCGCCGUGGCAGGGCUGCCGGCCGCCGUGCCGUGGUAGCAGGAGUCCCGGAGGGGGGGGGGUUGCUGGUGCUUUUUUUGUUUUGUUUUUUACUCGUUUCCUAUAAUAUUUAUUUCACGACAGAGUUGAAUGUAUGAUCUUCAACCCCGCACACGGCGUUCUGUCCGAAUGCCCCCGACGGCGUCCUCUCUCGCAGUUUACAGGCCACGUGAAGAUGCGUGUUACAGUAUUUUAGGGUAGACCUUUUGUA